CUCCCCGCGCAGUGAGCGGCCUCUCCCCUCGCCUCCCCCCGCCCCGCCUCGCCCCAGCAGCGCGUCCCCGGGCCGCGAUGUCGGGGGGAGCCGCGGACGGCGCACCCCCGGCACCCCGCUUCUUGGCUCCCCCGCCGCCGCCCCCCAAGAACGGUUCCAGCUCGGACAGCUCCGUCGGGGAGAAGCUGGGAGCCGCCGAGCACGCGGCCUCCGGGACCGGCGGAGCGAGCGGCGGAGCGGGGAGCGGAGGCCGUAGCGAGGAGUAUCGCCGCCGCCGCCACACCAUGGACAAGGACAGCCGAGGGGCGGCAGCCACCGAGCACCGCUUCUUCCGCCGGAGCGUGAUCUGCGACUCCAACGCCACGGCCUUGGAGCUGCCUAGCCUGCAGCCCGCCGCGCCCUCGGCUCCCGUGUCGGGAGGCAGCGCCGCUCCCUUGGUCUCUCCUCCCGAGUGCGUCCGCACCACUUGCAUCGUCGUCGGCGCCUCGCAGGCCCCCUCGCUGCUGCAGCAGCCUCCGCCGCCAGUCCCGCUUCCCCUGGAAGGACGCUCUGGCCAGGAGCCCCCUGCCACCAAGGAUGCCGCCCCGCUACUGCCCAAAGAGGAGGAGGAUGAGGCCGCCGCUCUGCCCCCCACCAGCGCGGCUGGCAGCACGUCUGCUGCCAGCCGGGAGUUCGAGGAGCGGAGGACACAGCAGGAGGACAUAGAGGAGCUGGAGACCAAGGCAGUGGGCAUCUCCCCUGACGGCCGCUUCCUGAAGUUUGACAUCGAGAUUGGAAGAGGCUCUUUCAAAACUGUAUAUAAAGGACUGGAUACUGAUACCACUGUGGAAGUCGCCUGGUGCGAGCUGCAGGAUCGGAAACUAUCCAAGUCAGAGCGACAAAGAUUCAAAGAGGAAGCUGGAAUGCUGAAAGGGCUUCAGCAUCCCAAUAUUGUCAGGUUCUACGAUUCCUGGGAGUCCACAGUCAAAGGAAAAAAAUGUAUUGUCCUUGUGACAGAACUCAUGACAUCUGGAACAUUAAAAACGUAUCUGAAAAGAUUUAAAGUGAUGAAAAUCAAAGUACUACGGAGCUGGUGUCGUCAGAUACUGAAAGGCUUACAAUUUCUACACACACGCACUCCUCCCAUUAUUCACAGAGACUUAAAAUGUGACAACAUCUUCAUUACUGGCCCCACUGGUUCAGUCAAGAUUGGAGACCUCGGACUGGCGACCCUGAAGCGAGCUUCUUUUGCCAAAAGUGUGAUAGGUACCCCAGAGUUCAUGGCCCCCGAGAUGUAUGAGGAGAAAUAUGAUGAAUCCGUUGAUGUAUAUGCUUUUGGGAUGUGUAUGCUAGAGAUGGCAACGUCUGAGUAUCCUUAUUCUGAGUGCCAAAAUGCCGCGCAGAUCUACCGUCGAGUGACCAGUGGUGUCAAGCCUGCCAGCUUUGAUAAAGUAGCGAUCCCUGAAGUGAAGGAGAUUAUUGAGGGAUGUAUUCGGCAAAACAAAGGCGAAAGAUAUGCUAUUAAGGACCUUUUGAAUCAUGCUUUCUUCCAAGAAGAGACUGGAGUACGGGUAGAACUAGCAGAGGAAGAUGAUGGAGAAAAAAUUGCCAUUAAACUCUGGCUGCGAAUUGAAGACAUCAAAAAACUUAAGGGCAAAUACAAAGAUAAUGAGGCAAUAGAGUUUUCCUUUGACUUGGAGAGAGAUGUCCCAGAGGAUGUAGCACAGGAAAUGGUGGAAUCUGGCUAUGUCUGUGAAGGGGAUCACAAGACAAUGGCGAAAGCUAUCAAGGACAGGGUAUCUUUGAUUAAGCGAAAGCGAGAGCAGCGUCAGUUGGUGCGAGAAGAACAGGAGAAGAAGCUUCAGGAAGAAGGUAGUCAGAAGCAGCAGCUGGAGCAACAGCAACCCUCAAGUGCUUCCCAUGCAGGGUCAAAGCAUCCCGUAUCUGUCAGUGGUACUACUCCUGUCCCCACUACUUCAGCAUCUGUUUCUACUCAAGUGGAGCCUGAAGAACCAGAAGCUGAUCAACACCAACAACUGCAGUUCCAGCAACCCAGUAUAUCUAUUCUUUCUGAUGGAGCAGUUGACAGUGGCCAAGGGUCAUCUGUUUAUACUGAAUCAUGUGUGAGCAGUCAACAGACUGUGUCGUAUGGUUCCCAGCAUGACCAGCCAAUCUCAACAGCUGCAGUCCAGGGGUAUGCAGCUUCAGUUGGCCAAGUGCAGUCACAGCAGCAUGGAGGAUAUCAGCCACCUACAGUGCCUCAACGUGGUCGUAGCAUGUCAGUUUGUGUUCCCCACCUUCCUGCUCUUCCCUCUAUGUCCUGCAUCCCUCUCAGUGCUCCUUGCACCCCACCACCAGCGCUGUCUGCACCUCUCUCUCCUUUCUACCUUCGGACUGUCCCUGAAGAAACCUUUGCAGAAAAGCUUUCUAAAGCCUUGGAAAGUGUCCUGCCCAUGCACUCUGCCUCUCCACGCAAGCAUCGACGCUCCAGCCUGCCCUCCCUCUCUGUCAGUCCUCCUCAGCAUCCGCGUGGGGGAACACCAACGUUCCCAGAUUCACAGAUAUUUUUCCCAACCGUUCAUGAACGGCCGGUGUCUUUCUCACCACCACCUGUCUGCCCGCCGAAGGUGGCAGUUGCUCAGCGCCGCAAGAGCACUUCAUUUUUGGAAGCCCAAACUUGCCACUUCCAGCCAUUGCUGAAGACUGGCCAGAGUUUAGUUCCACCUGGUGGUAGUCCCACCAAUUGGACACCAGAGGCAUUGGUUAUGCUGGGCACGACAUCUCAUAGAGUCGCUGGAGAGCCUCUGCAUGUGCAAGUUAACCCUGUGUUUGAGCCAGCUCCUGUACACAGUGACUAUAGAUCUGGACCAACACCUCCAGAGGAUGCUCACUACAGAAUGCAUCCAGAAGCUGUAUAUUUGGUGGGCAUGCACUAUCCGUCACAGACACAAGUACAAGGCCAGUCAGCUUCAAGUAGUACAUCGGUACCGUCUCAGCCUGCUCAACACACUCAGCAGAAUGCCCAGCAGCCAGCCUCUUCUCAACAACCUGGACAAUACCAGCUGCAGCAGCCAUCAGUUUCUACUGGUGCCACUCCUACACAAACUGUCUCUCAAACUCAGACUUCACAGGUUAUGCCAAUGCCUCAGGCAGCAGCAGGGACACAGCUUCCUGUUUCCCAACCAGUGUCGAUCAUCCAAGGCGAACCUCAAUUACCUGUUGCAGCACCUUCUCUCACUCAACCUUCAGUUGUCCCAUCAGUCCCUAUUGGUUCUCACUUUCUGCCCGUGGGACAACCCUUGCCAACUUCCAUUGUCCCCCAGUUCUCAGUCUCUCAGUUGCCCGUCGCAGCUCCUCAUGUGUCAGUGGCUCAGCCAGGUUUCCAGUCACUGCCAAUUUCAAUGGCAGGCGGCAUGAAUCAGCCAUUGCUCACGCUGGCAACAUCUGCUGCGGCAUCCGCUGUCCCUGUAGGAUCAACUGUUGUCCCUAGCCAGCUUCCCACGCUGAUGCAGCCUGUGGCUCAGUUGCCCAGCCAGGUUCUCCCGCAGCUCCUGCAGCCGGCUGUCCAGUCCAUGGGAUUGCCAGUCAGCAUUGGACAAGCUGCUGAUGCUUCACUUCCUGCUGGAGAUGCUCUUUACCAGGGCUUCCCAUCUCGGCUGCCGCCUCAGUACCCAGGGGACUCAAGUGUUGCACCUUCCUCUGCUGUGGCUUCUGUUAGCAUUCCUUCUGCCAUACUGUCCCCUCCCUUACCCACAGAUGUAAUGACUCAGCCAGGCUAUAUUGCUCCUGUUGUGCAGCCGUACGUGGAGCAGAACGUUUUAGUUCCUAUGGGCAGCGUAGGAGGACAGGUUCAAGUGCCCCAGCCUACAGUGAGUUUAGCACAACAGGCCUCAUCAGCCUCCUCGCAGCAGGCAGUUGUGGAGCAGAAUGUCAUGCCAAUGUGGGGACCUUGUUGCCACUGGCUGUUCUGUUGGGAAGGUACUCAAGGAGCCUCACAGACUGCUCCUUCAGAGUCUCUGCCAUCAACACAGCCUGCUCAGUCUACCCCUUUGGCUUCCUCUAUGGAUAGUGCACAUUCUGAUGUUGCUUCAGGAAUGAGUGAUGGCAAUGAGAAUGUUCCAGCUUCUAGUGGGAGACAUGAAGGGAGGACUACCAAGCGUCAUAUGCGGAGGUCUGUCCGCAGUCGCUCUCGCCAUGAGAAGACUGCUAGGCCAAAACUGAGAAUUCUAAAUGUUUCAAAUAAAGGUGACCGGGUAGUGGAAUGCCAGCUAGAGACACACAAUCGGAAAAUGGUUACUUUCAAAUUUGAUUUGGAUGGUGACAACCCUGAGGAAAUAGCUUCAAUUAUGGUGCAGAAUGAGUUUAUUUUAGCAACUGAGAGAGACUCAUUUGUGGAACAGGUACGAGAGAUCAUUGAGAAAGCAGAUGAAAUGCUGAGUGAGGAUGUAAGUGUGGAGCCAGAAGGUGAUCAGGGUUUGGAGAGUAUGCAGACAAAAGACGAUGGCUUCAUUCCAGGGUCACAGAAAUUAGAGUUCAAACAGCCAGAUCCUACAUCUUCCAUGCCACAAAGAAUAGGGGUUCCUCCUAGCUCCUUUACCCAGGUUGUCCAUUCUGCGGGAAGACGGUUUAUUGUCAGCCCUGUCCCUGAAAGUCGGUUAAAAGAGCAGGGCUUUUUCACCUCUCCUAUUCCUGGAGGAAAAGAAACUUCAGAUGUGGUUGCUGCAUCUCCACUACAUGGUCCUGGAAUGAAUCUCUCCCACUCUGCAUCAUCACUGAGCUUACAACAAGCUUUCUCUGAGAUUGGGCAUGGUCAAAUGACAGAAGGACCAAGUACAGCUCCUCCAGUGUUUAAUCAAACAAUACCACCAUUUCCACCUGCGCUUUCUACCAUGGCAGGCAGUGGUGCACCUCCUGCAUCUAUAGCUGCUCCUUCGAUAUCUGUUCCUUCUAGCACAGGUGUUUCUCUUCCAAGUUCUGUUACUUUGCCUUCAGAAAAUGCAGCUGUUGGAAUUGCACCAAGUGCAAGUGUGCCAAGCUCUGUUUCUCCGCCUCCGGCCUCACAAUCCGGACAGCAGCUGUCUGGUGGUGUGGCUUCCAGUGUGAGCGCCCCUGCUUCUUUCUCCUUAACUAUCACAUCCCAGCCCGCUCAGCCAGUAACUGGAGACAUUACCCCUAGCAUCAGCACACCAGCUUCUUUGGCACUGCCUGCUACCCAGGUUCCUGGUGUCAGUAGUCUUGGUGUUGUUGCACCAGCUGUGACAUCUCAAUCUACUCCUCAAAUUGUAAGUAGUUUGGCAGCACCGCAGACAUCUGUUGCCCUGUCUCAGGCUCAGAAUGUGGCUUUGCAGCUUCCUCAGCUUACUAGUAGUGGCUCUGUCUCCAGUCUGGCAGAAACAACAGUUGUGAGUGCUCCACAAUCACUACCUGAGAGUGGGCAGUCUGCAGAUAAAUCACAGCCCUCCAAUGCAGCUGGCUUAUCGCUACCAAUCUCUGCACCUUUAUCAUCCUCUGUAGCAACAAGCUUAUGUGGUUCAGUCACUCAGCCAGUGAUACAUCCCUUACUCAUCCCACCAGCAAUUACAUCAACACCUGUCCUAUCCCAGAUUCCAGGUGCAACACCUGUGUUGCCCCAGGUUCCCCUACCUGGUGUCUUACCACAGCCAGUUACUAAUUUGCCUGCAGUACAGCAAACAUUGAUACACAGCCAGCCCCAACCAGCUCCAUUACCCAAUCAACCUCAUAUUCACUGUCUGGAGGCUGACGCUGAUGCUCAGUCCAAAGCACCUGGCAUUGAUGAUAUAAAGACCCUGGAAGAAAAGCUACGGUCUCUCUUCAGUGAACAUGGUAACGUGGGAGCAGCACAUCCAUCAGUAUCUCUGGAGACAUCACUGAUCAUGGAAACUACUGUUAUUCCUGGGAUCCCAACCACUGUUGUUGCACCAACUAAACCCCUGACAUCCGUUAGCACUUGUAUACCUCCGAGCAGUUUGCCUCUUGGACCAGCUGGCUUGCCAGUGCUGACACCAGUCGCCACGCCUGGGCAAGUGAUCACCCCAGUAAGCUAUAUUUCAGCACCAAGCAGCGUUGCAACAGCGGUAGUGAAACCAGGGACCUCUCCCUCGAAGCCCCCUCUUAGCAGGGUACCGGUGCUACCAGUAGGUUCUGAACUUCCAGCUGGCACUCCGUCCAGUGAGCCGCUGCCACCUUUUCCAGGACCUUCACUAACUCAGUCCCAGCAGCCACUGGAAGAUCUGGAUGCUAAGCUGAGGAGAACCCUUAGUCCAGAGACUGUUCCAGUGACAUCAGCUCCUGCCUGUUCUGUGCCCUCAGUAGCAUCUACAGCAGUUACUGGUCUGGUGUCCACAGCAGCACAGUCUCUAAAAGAUGCUUCAGCAUCAUGUGGUGGAGAAAGCAGUGGUAUGGCUUCCACACCAGGAGCUGGUGUUCUUAAGAUGGGACGGUUUCAGGUAUCUGUGGCAGUGGAUGAUGUGCUGAAAGAGAGUGACAAACCUGAGACUAAGCCGCUGCAAUUUGAAACCACCUCCUCUGAUUCCUCCCCUCUUUCUGGGAGCAGUCCAGAAAGUACCUUGGUAAAGCAGGCUGGAGGGCGGAAAAGCGAGGCUGUGGCACAUGGCAUUCCUCAGCCAGUUCCUGUGCUGCAGCUGCCAGUAGAUGAUGGUCAGCCUACUAAGGUUGGACGCUUUCAGGUAACAACAACAACAGAUCAAGUGGGGCGCUUCUCAGUGUCAAAGACUCAGGAUGAGGUCACCUGUGCAGAGAGAGAGCCAAUGACUCUCCCUCUCUCUGUGGACUUGGAACAAGUUGCUUCUUCAGCUGCAGCCCCUAGGAAAGAGUUGGAGUCAAGGCAGUCCCCACAUAUGAACGGUCCGUCCUCUGAACCAGAGGCUGCUUUCUUGAGUGGAAUGGCUAAGGAUCUGGAUGAUGGCUCAGCGAGCCCAGACUCCCUCCAGGCCACAGCAUCAAAAAUCAGCCUCCCUGUUCAGAGUCUUAGCAACUCAUUCAAUUCUUCCUACAUGAGCAGUGACAACGAGUCAGAUAUUGAAGAUGAAGACUUGAAGUUGGAACUCCGUCGAUUACGGGAGAAGCACCUUAAAGAGAUCCAGGAGCUGCAGAGUCGCCAGAAGCAGGAGAUUGAAUCACUAUACACAAAACUAGGAAAGGUCCCACCUGCAGUCAUUAUUCCCCCUGCUGCACCCCUUUCGGGAAGGAGGAGACGACCCACUAAAGGAAAAAGCAGCAAAUCCAGUCGUAGCAGCUCCCAGGGAAAUAAGAGUCCACAGCUGUCAGGCAAUUUGUCAGCUCAGAGUGCACCAUCAGUCUUGCCCCCGCAGCAGACUCUUCAUCCUCCUGGUAGUGUGCCAGAGACUGGACAGAACCAUUUGUUACAGCCCCUCAAACCUUCACCUUCUAGCGAAAACCUCUACUCUGCCUUUACCAGUGAUGGUGCCCUUUCAGUACCAAGCCUUUCUGCGCCAGGCCAAGGGACCAGUAGCACUAAUGCAGUCGGGGCUACAGUGAACAGCCAAGCACCCCAGUCUCAGCCUACUGCUAUUGCCUCCAGCCGAAAAGGGACUUUCACAGACGACCUGCACAAGCUGGUAGAUAACUGGGCCCGAGAUGCCAUGAACCUGUCUGGCAAGAAAGUUGGCAAAGGGCAUAGCAACUAUGAGGGCCCUGGAAUGGCAAGAAAAUUCUCGGCACCAGGUCAGCUCUGUAUCUCUAUGACAUCUUCCCUGGGUGCUACGCCCAUCUCUGCAGCAUCAGCUACCUCUUUAGGUCCCUUCACAAAGGCCAUGUGCCCUCCGCAGCAGUACGGUUACCCAGCAGCGUCUUUUGCCGCUCCGUGGAGCGGGACAAGCGGUCCGGCACAGCAACCACUUGGCCAGUUCCAGCCCGUUGGUGCCGCGUCUUUGCAAAGCUUCAACAUCAGCGGUUUGCAGAAAUCCAUCAGCAACCCUCCAGGCUCCAACCUGCGGACCACUUAGCCCCGCUCGGAGACCGUGCUGGCUAGACCUCGGGACAGGACGUGGGGAGGGAGACGGGGCCCUUUGUCAACUCCUAGUGCUGCAAUGAACUGGUUGCUUGCCAGACUGGGAAUGAAUUUCUCUUUUCCACCCAUUGCUGUUAACUUUCUGUAAAGGGGGCUUCCCCACAUGCUUUCAAGGGGGAGGAGGAUGAUCGGCAUCCUUACGAUGGGACAGUUCUUUUGACUUGAUGGGUCCCGCUCUCGUGUGAAGCGAGAGCCGUGAAGAUCGGUGAUGGGGGCGGUUAACGCAGUCUUGCUGUAACAUUUCUCUGGUUUGAGGCCGAAUCCGCGUAUGUCAAGAUGGGAGAGUUGAAUCCUAGCAUGAGGCUUUAGCACACUUCUCUCCCUGAACAUCCGAGACCAGCUGUCCAAAUCCCCCUCCUCUCCCUCUCCCCACUCGAUCGUAUUUGGCUCCAGAACGAUGGGGCACCCGAAUGGACUUGCAGUGCAGCCCGUGCUUGAUAGGUCAUUACUGCUUUAAGUAAGAUAUUAACAGCUUUGACUGCAGCAUUAGAGCAAUUUAAAUUGUUUAAAAAUUUUAAAAGUUCCCUGCGGACAUGUACUUACCAUCAGUUUUGAUGUGGAAACACUGUGAUAUAUAAAUGUUGUUGGACAACAGUAGUUUAAAAAUGAGUGGAAUAUAGAGGGUUAAAAAAGUUAAAAAGUAAAAAAUGGGAAAAAAAGCUAGCUAUAUCCUUAUACUUAUUGGAGACACUUUAACUUUUUCCUUUGUAUUUUCAUUGUAUUAGAUAAAUAAAUGUGAAUGUAAAAUUGUAUAAAUUAAUGUACUUGAAUACUUGUCUGUUCUCCCAGUAUGCUUGCUGGAUAUUUUAGUGCCUUGGACUUCUAUUGCUUCUGCAGUUAGCGUUGUCUUCCCAGCAGAGCCCAGGUGGACAGAGGGCAAGUUCAGAGAAGGCCGCGUUGGUUGUACCUGUGGAUGGGGGCCUUACUGCCGGCGUAGCGAUAGCGAUACCGCGAUACCGCGUAGAGGAGGUGCAGCGGGUUGGAACCAGGCUCCGUGUGUUGGGAAACUUGGCCGAGGGGGUGAUCUGAUGUUGCUGGUGUGAUGAGGGCCAGGUGGGGUGGGACGGAGGGUUGUGCGUGAAGCCAGGAUGAGACGAAGCGCCGUUGUGUAGAGGCAGGAGGUCUGGAUCAGGAAUGGAGAGGAUGGGGAGAAGGUGUGUCUAUGGGAAGGGUCCAACUUAAGAUGCAGUGUGACUCCACCUGUGAAGUGGUGAAGGUGUUUGGUCAGGAUGUGACUUGAGGGAGAGGUGCCAUUGCUCGUUGGCAUGGGCUUGUCUGCUGGGAUUGCUUUUCUUUCUUUGUUUUGUUGUGUUUUUUGGUUUGUUGGUUUUUUUUUUAUUCAUUGAAGCCAGGAAUAGUCGUCUUGGCAUGAUGUCCAUUGCCGGCAAUGGAUGCACUUGAAACAGCCGGCAUCAAGAAAUUUCCUCAGUCUUAGUUGGAGGAUUUAUGCUCCAACUCUAACAGAUUUCCAGCUGGUACCAGGACUGUAGCCGUCACCUCUUAGUUAGCUGUACUGUACCUUUGCUGUGUUCAUUCUCCCUUUUCAUAUUUAAGAAUACUGGUUUCCUCUACAAAGUUGAAAUAAUACCAGCCAGUAUUUACGGAGUGCUGCAAAGAGCUGUGAAGGAUCACUGCUGCUUCCCAGCACUGGGGCAGCUCGCUGGUGUCCGGAAGUUGGUGCACCCAGAACGUUGUUCCUUGCCCAAAUCAUUUUUCCUGAGAGUGCUGUUUCCCUGUGGAGCCUUAACAGGGAGUUUUUCUGUCUGUGAGUGUUCUCACUUUCAUCUUUUUUUUUAUUUUUUCUUUUUUUUUUCUUCUUCUUUUUUUUUUUUUUUUCCAGCAGUUUUGGCAGCAAGGGCACAUACUGGGUGGAGAGAGAUGCUGGAGAGCAAAAGCCAGCAGCAAAGAGCCUGGGCUCUGAGAUCCUUAGGUUUGGAGGCUCGUUCUUUGUGACCUCAGUGCAGUUGCUGAAGGGGAGAGGAGAGAGGCUCAUGGCAUGAGUGUGGUGGGAAGGGGGGCCCUGCUGCUGAGGUUGGACAGGAAAUCUCUGCUCUGAAUGGUGCAUUGCUUUCCCAAAUACACCCGGUGGGAGGGGAGAGGUGUGCCCGAGGAAAAGGAGCGGUUGUCGGCCCGAGGCAGUGAUGACACACAAGGGAAAUACUCACGACAGGGGAACUGAUGAAGCUGAAUGCAGCACGUGGUUAUUUAAUUUUGAUCUAAUAAGUUUGAGGUUGUUUUCACUUAAUGUUAUGCAAGAACUGGUUUUAUUUACCAUUGAUUCCCCCUCUCCCCCCUUCCUGUGGAUGAAUAACUGAAGUCUAGAGGAAUAAACUAAUGCUACUGAACUGUUAAAUUAUUUUGUUUAAUAUUACACUUUGAGUAUCUUUUUCCACAUAAAAUCUGUUUCUGAAUUA